UGUACAGAGAAUGAUUCUGUUGUGCUCCCGCUCCAGCUAAUUCAGCUUUCCUUUCCCAUGAAGGGCUCCCUCAUUCAUGGCUUGGGCCAAGGAGUCAUAGGAUGCACUGUCGACUCUUCUGCAGGCACUGAAGUGACUUUGUAAACACCGGCCGUGAGCGGAGAUCCUCGCACAGGCAAUACUUCUGCUCAGAGAAAAAGCUUUAGAGAGACAUGGAGCUUGAAAGAAUCAUUCGAGAGACACUCACAUGCUUCAUCCAAUCCCACAUCCCUGCUGCAGAUCUCAGUGGGAUGGAUGAUGUUUUCUUCUCUUACAUCACGGGUGUCCUGGAAGAGCUGGGCUCACCAGAGUCCUCUGAGGAGACCUUUGACAUGGACACCUUUGUGGAAAUGAUGGAGGCGUAUAUUCCUGGUUUUGCAGAAAUCCACAGUGGGGAUGUUUGUGAAAUGAUGUUCUCCCUCUCAGAAAGGCUUGGUGAAGCUCGCAACAAAGAAAAACCUGGCCAAAAGGCUGUGGAAAGCAGGAGCGAAGCACCCUCUGAAGACCUGACCAAGGGCCAGGAGCCUGGAGCCGGAGCCUGCAACGGGGAAAGGCUGUGCACUCCAACAGAGGGAGCCAGGGCCCAGGAAGGCGAUGACUUGAAGGAUGGAGUGGAGCUGCUACUGGAGAUGUUCCCAGCCUGUACCGUGAGCCAGGUGGAGAAGGCACUUACCAUGGCCUUGGGGAACUUGGAGGAGGCAGUGCAGUUAAUUGUGGAGGAGAAGGUGGAAAUUGGCCCAGCAGGUGCGAGUGUGAAGGAACUGGCACGACCCCGCAGAGCACCCAACCACGAGGAACUAAAACAGGUUAUCCUACAGAAAUACAUGAUGGUGGAUAGUGCAGAUGAUCAGAAAACACAUCGGCCGGCUCCACCCAAAGAGGCUCCCAAGAAGCUGAUCCGCUAUAUCGAUAACCAGGUGGUGAGUACGAAGGGAGAGAGGUACAAAGACAUCAAGAAGCCUGAGAGUGAGGAGAUGAAGAGAACAUACAUCAGCCUCAAACCAGCCAGGAAGUACAAGUUCCACUGACAGUCAGGUCCUCCUGCUCUUCCGCCUCCACCUCGCUGGCCAGGCAUGCCAGGAUGAACAUGUUGGCACUGGGGAUGAGGGGACUCCUCCACCUGUCACUAACU